CCAAACGCUCUGCUAUCAGUAGGAGGAAGCGGAAGAAAUGAGAACCGAACAAACGCUCUCCUCGUCGUUCUCCUUUGAAUGGCCGUCGGAGCAGCGAGGCCAGGGUUUCCGCCUCUCAUCUCAUGGAGAUGGACGACUUCAGCUCCCACUGUACGUCCGUUAUCGUCUAAAUACUUAGGUAGACGGCCGCAGCUUCACGGUGUCUUCGCGUCUCUGGUGGAGGAACGCGAAAUUUCCUUCACUGAGCCGGAAUCGGCUCUCGUCGAUGCCCUAAUUGGUAUCCAAGGGCGCGGUCGUUCUGCAUCUCCUCAGCAGCUGAAGGAAGUGGAGCGUGCUGUAGAAACACUAGAGAAUCUAAAGGGCAUACCUGAUCCU